UCCUUCAUACCCACAUCUGCUUGAAGACCAUGGUACAGUGUAUCCUGGGUACGAGAAGCGGAAGUCGAGGUGCACGAGAAUACCGGAAGAGGAACUUGCUAGAAAGCCGAACCCAAGGAAAGUUGAUGUGUCGUCGGCAAAGAUGUCUCAGCAAGGAAACAGGCCUCAGAAUGUGUCAUCCAACUUACUUUAUCCGGCUGAAAAUGAACAGUUGUUCAAUCUCCUUGGGAAGCGAUGUGUGACGCUUGCUACAGGUGUUGUCCAGGUGUACCUGGCCCUGCCGGAGUCCCGUGGUGCCUGGACCAAACGCUGUGUCGGUGUGGCCUGUUUUGUGAAGGACAACCCCAAACGUUCAUACUUCAUACGAGUCUAUGAUGUUAAGAAAUGUGUGUUGAUCUGGGAACAGGAGCUUUACAACCAGUUCAAGUACAACACAGCAGCACCUUACUUUCACACUUUUGCCACUGAUGACUGCCAGGCUGGGCUGAACUUUGCUGAUGAGAGAGAAGCCCAGAGGUUUAAGAGGACCAUCGAGGACAAGAUCAGACAGAAGCAGCAGAAAAAACAAGAGAAGAAACGCCAGGCUCCAUCUGUUCCAGUGCCCACACCACAGCACAUGAAGGUGGCGGAUGUGAGGCCAGACCCGUCAGACAACAUGGCUCUCAGCAAGCGCAAACAGGACAAGGGCACCAUCAAGGGAGACAAGAAAAAGGACAAGAAGAAAAAAUUAACCAAAGCAGACAUCAGCACUCCCACAAAUUUCCAACAUAUAAGCCAUGUUGGCUGGGAUCCUAACACUGGAUUUGAUAUGACAAGCAUGGACCCAGACCUGAAGUCACUGUUUGAACAAGCAGGAAUCAGUCAAGACUUACUGAAGGACAAAGAAACCUCUAAGUUCAUCUAUGAUUUUAUUGAGAAGCAAGGAGGACUGGAAGCUGUCAAGAAGGAGUUUAAGUCCCAGUCUGGUCCUCCACCCCCACCCCCUCCCAGUCGAGGUGGUGCCCCCCCUCCUCCUCCCCCCUCUCGAGGCAGCGGUGGACCUCCGCCAUUGCCUUCUCGAAAUGCAGCAGUACCCCCACCCCCUCCCAUAUCUAGAGACCUCCCCCCUCCCCCCUCCCACUCCCCUGUUAGCCGGAGUGCUGCCCCCCCACCCCCUCCACCCAUUAGCCACCACAGAUCCCCAGGCCCACCCCCUCCCCCUCCCUCAGUAAUGGGAGGUCCACCACCGCCACCCCCACCCCCACCAGGACCCGGUCCUGCUGUAGCACCCCCUCCCCCUCCUCCUCCACCCAUGGGGGGACCUCCACCACCCCCACCCCCAUCGUCAAGUCUGGCUCCCCCCGGUGGCUCGUCUGGUCGGGCAGACCUUCUGGCUUCCAUCCAGAAAGGGAAACAACUGAAACAUGUUGAUGAGAGUCAGCGCCAGGCGCCCGUAGCUGCAGACCCCAGGGGGGAGCUCCUCAGUCAGAUCAGGACAGGAAUGCAGCUCAAACCGGUGAGUGAGUCCGACUCUGCACCUGCAGCAUCUCCCCAGCUGGAUGGCAUGGCAGGUGCCCUGGCACGAGCACUGGCUAACCGAGCCCAGGCCAUCCACUCCAACUCUUCAGAUGAUGAUGACGAUGAUGAUGAUGACUUUGAUGAUGAUGAGGAUGAAUGGGACUAAAAGUGUUCCAGGUCUCUUGCUGUGGUGCUCUUGGUGCAUUCAGAUGUGGUGUUUUGCCGAGUUCCCACAUCCUAAACAACCAACAUGCACAGCAUCUAGUUCUGUUCAGGAUUGCUGACGACUGGGUCACUUAAUAGGGCCUGUUGAAGAUUCUCUCAAUCUUUGUGACUCCUUACUGCUCAAUACAUUUACAAGUCUGCUUCAGUAUAUAUAUGCAUAUCCAGGCCUGGUGAGUUAAUAAUAAGUAAGCAAGAUGGCUGCAACUCUACAGCGUUUAAUUUACAGAGUUAUACAUGUAUUGAAACAUGAGGAAAUGUUGGCCCAAGAGGUCUAAAUGUCAGAUGGGACACAUUUGUAUUUGUAAAACCUCAACAUACAUGUACAAUGUAUGUAAAUAUGGGUGCAGUGAGGGGGUGGUACAGUACAUAGUACAUGUACAUGCAAUCAGCAGAAAUUUGUUCUGGAGAAUAUAGGAUUUGUUCAUAUCUUAUUGACCAUAUUACCAUAUAUACAUUGCAAUUUUCUUUCUUGAUAGUCUUUAAAAUUGAUUUGUUAUAGGAGCCCUAUAGUGAGCAAAUGCAAAUAAGCAGUAGAAUAUAACUUGUUCUGAUGAUUUAAUCAUUGAGAAGGUAAUCUAAUAUUUCAUGUUAAAACAGAUGCUUGGUCUGUAUGGUAAGAGAUUGCUAAGAAUACAUGUAGAUUAUUUUAGUUCCCUUAUAAGACAGUCACAUGUAUAGUCUUACCUCAUGAUUAAACCAUUAUUUUAUAUUAACU